AGAAGGGAUGUGGUGAGCGGGAUUAUAUGGAUUAUGGCGAGGGCGGGGUAAGACAGCGGUAGAGUCGGCGCAGAUCGUAUAUAAUCAUGUGUGAUUGCGUUCAACUCGUAUCCCGGCGUGUGUACCUAGCCAUUGGUUAGCGGUCACUCGGAGGGUACUUUGCAGAUGCACUCACCAUCGUCCCGUCCCCUCUCGUCGAGGAUUCAAUUAUCGAAGCUGGUAACGGUAUCCACGACGCUUGCAAUUCUCCCCUCCUCGUGUGCGUUUCACCGGUACAAACUCGGUGUCCAGCAGGCAGAUUUAGAUUUAGAUUUAGAGUUCACAAGGGCAAAAGAGUACGAAUGGAACGUUGGUCUUAUUUGGCAAGGUGCUUCGUCUGAGAUUCGGAGUUACCCGGUCCUUUUCUCCUUUUGCUUUCAGCGUCAUCGAGUCCGAUGCGCGUCUUCUGUUUGGGUGCUAUCACAAAUUAGCAAAUCGUUUUCUCUGUGGAACAAUUCAUCUCAUAUUUUCCUCAAGACGAGUCUCUGGCUCUCCUAACCCGCGGCGAGUAAUCCCAAGUUUUGUCGCACUCGUCAAAUUCAUACCAUCUCUCUCUCUCCACACCCGCUCCCCACU